AUGACAAGGUACGACGCCGAAAAAAAAUGCCAGCCGGAAUUACCACAACGCGUGGGUACUGAGGGUGGCGUGGCGCGGCGCGGCAUGACCUUGGAGUUCGACGACCUGGCUGACGUCAUAGCCACCCCUCCGCCAUCGCGGCUUCAUACCGCCCUGUUGCCAACGAGCGUAGCGUGUACGCCAAAAUUUUGCUUUAUAGGUUACAGAAAGUAUAUCAUGUAA